GUUAGGGGAGGUGGAAGAGGGAAAUCCUUUUCUCUAUGUCAGAAAAAGUUAAAAACCUCCACACCCAUUUGACUUUAACAUCGCCUGGUUAAGUGUUCUGCUUCAUCUCAACUUCACCAACUUAGGAAGGUCAAAAUGGCUAUGGUGUCAGAGUUUCUCGGGCAGCUGUCUCUCAACAUCGGGAGCUGUGAGCCCAAAUACCCGACUGUGGUAGCCGCUUUGGACUUUGACCCCGACAGAGAUGCAGCCAGAAUAGAGACUGCUAUCAAGACUAAAGGAGUGGAUGAACAGACCAUCAUCGACGUCAUAACAAAGCGGACAUACGCACAAAGGAGAGAAAUUGCUUUUGCGUAUGAGAGAAGGACAAAGAAGGACAUGAUCACAGCCCUGAAGGCAGCACUGUCUGGCUCUCUGGAAUCAGUGAUCCUCGGUCUGAUGAAGAGCACGACCCAGUACGACGCCUCAGAGAUCAGAGGAAGCAUCAAGGGCUUGGGAACAGAUGAAGAAACGCUGAUUGAGAUUUUGUGCUCACGCAGCAAGGAUGAGCUGACGGAGAUCAAGAAGGUCUACAAAGAGUUGUUCAAGAAGGAACUGGACAAAGAUGUGGCCGGUGACACCUCUGGGAACUUUGCUAAGCUGCUCCUGGCUCUGGUGCAGACCAAGAGAGCAGAGCCCUCUGCUGUUGUAGACUACGAAAAGAUUGAUGAAGAUGCCAGAGCUCUCUAUGACGCCGGGGUAAAAAUUAGAGGAACUGAUGUGCCGACCUGGAUCUCUAUCAUGUCUGAGAGAAGUGUACCCCACCUGCAAAGAGUGUUUCAGAGGUACAAGAGUUACAGCCCCUACGACAUGCAGGAGAGCAUCGUGAAGGAAGUUAAAGGAGACCUGCAGAAGUCCUUUCUGGUGCUCGUUCAGUGUUUCGAAAACAAACAGCUGUACUUUGCCAAAAGACUGAAUGAAGCCAUGAAGAGUAAAGGAGCCAAAGAGAAGAUGGUGACCAGGAUUAUUGUGUCCCGCUGCGAGGUGGACCUGAAGAAGAUCUGCUCCGAAUACAAGAGCUGCUUUGGACAGUCUCUGCAGAAGACUAUCCUGGAACACACCAAGGGAGACUACCAGAAGGUGCUGCUCAGCCUGUGUGGACCAGAGGAGUAAAAAGAUCAAUCAAAAGGGCCUCACUGGAAAGGUGUUAUAGAAACCGCACUUGGAACAAAUUCUGUGGCAAAAGCUCAUCUGACUUUUUUUUUUUUUUUUGCACAAACAUUUGAAUGCAGCGUUCAAGAAGAAACAUUUAUCUUUUUUUAUUCAUGACAAAUCAGUAUGACCGCUUACUUUUGUUAUACCGAAAAAACAGCAAUAAAGUUCAUCAUCUGUUAGA